AUGUUUCACCUGAAGAACAGAAAAUCCCCUAAUCUGAAAAUCCGUACCCUCUGUGUUUCGGUUUUCCAGCACACAGUUUUCCUGCUCCUGUUAACACACUGCUGCAAAGGUGAGCUUCAAGUAAUUGGUCCACAUCGGCCAAUAUUAGCUGUAAUUGGUGAUGACGUCAUUUUGUCAUGUCACCUGAAACCUGCCAUGGAUGCUGUUUCCACCACAGUGGAGUGGACGAGACCUGACCUGAAACCCAGAUUUGUCCAUGUGUGGCGUUCUGGUCAAGAACUUCUAGAUGAUCAGAAUCCACAAUACAGAGGAAGAACGUCACUGUUCAUCGACAAACUGAAGCACGGAAACACUUCGCUGAAACUCUCCAGGGUGAAACAGUCCGAUAGCGGAACAUACAGAUGCUUCCUUCCCAUAUUUAAUAAAGACUCUACUGUUGAGCUUGUUUUUGGCUCUGUCUCCCCUCUGGAAAUAGAGAUUUCCAAACUUGACAAUGGAUUGUCGUUGGAUUGUAAAUCUAAAGGCUGGUAUCCAGAGCCUGAGGUGUCGUGGCUGGACGGUGAGGGACACGUCCUCUCUGCUGGACCUACAGAGACAGUCAGAGGUCCUGAUGACCUCUAUACUGUCAGCAGCAGAGUGACUGUGGACAAGAGACACAGCAACAGCUUCACCUGCAGAGUCCAACAGAACCACAUCAACCAGACCAGAGAGACACAAAUCCAGAUUUCAGUGGAUUUCUUCAUGGUUCAGUCCAGUUUUGCUGCUCGCAUCAGUAUCUGCCUGGUUGUUUGCAUCAUACCUAUUGUUGUAGUUGUCUUUGUUGUGUGUAAAUGGGGAAAAAAC